AUUAUCUACAAGGAAGAUUUCAGGAUCAUGAUUGAAGAGACUAGGAACAGCAGUGACUCUUCCUCUGCCUUCAUUCACACCAGCACCAUGAGUGCCAUACUGAUUACUGUCUACUCAGUUGCCUUUGCUGGAGGUGGAAUUGGGUCCAUCACAAUGUCAUUUGUGCUGGUCAAGAUGAACACUCUGUCUGUGACCACUACUGCCAUCAUUAACCUGGUUGUUGUGCACAGCCUCCUCCUCUUCACAGUGCCCUUCCGCCUCCACUAUUACGUCAAAAAGAAGUGGGUAUUCAAGAUCCCAUUCUGCAAACUGGUGAGUGCAAUGGUGCACAUCCACAUGUACCUGACCUUCCUAUUCUAUGUGAUCACAUUGGUGAUCCGGUGGCUCAUUUUCUUUCAAUGGAAAGACAAGCUGGAGUUUUACAGGAAGCUGCAUGCCAUUGCAGCAAGUGCUGCUGUGUGGGUCAUUGUCAUGGUCUUUGUGGUGCCAAUCUUGUACUUUGAGUAUGGACGCUCAGGCUCAUACAAUGAUACAACAUGCUUCAAGUUUCACAAAGAACUACAGCAGGAGAGUGUGAAAGCCUUGAACUACAUCAUAAUUGUAGUUGUUGCCUGCAUUUCUUGUGUCCUCUUGGGCCUGCAGAUAUUCAUCCUGGUGAAAGUGGCAAGAAAACUUAACAGCUCCCUCUGGUCACACCAAGAGUUUUGGGCCCAGGUGAAAAACUUGAUUUUCAUCUGGGUCAUCAUAAUUUGCUUCCUUCCUUAUCACCUCUUUAGGGCCUAUUACAUACAGCAUGUGAGUGAUUUUGACCAGUUAGAAAGCUUCAAUGAGGUUUUUUUGAGCCUGACUGCCCUGAGCUGUCUGGACCUGCUGUCAUUUGUGCUGAGUGGAACUAGCUUCUUCAAGCAAAAGGUGGGGAUGCUCCGCAGCAGGCUGCCUUGCUGCUAG